UAUUGUAGUAUUAGUAAAUAAGAUAUCGUAUCGUACUGUAUGUUAUUCAGCAUCGUACAAAAACCUAACAUUUAAAAAGUAAAAUAAUUCCUCAUUUAUUUAUAUUUUAAUUAUGUGUAAAAUUAAAAAAAUUAAAAUUUAUUUAUGAUUCACAUACUGCUUUAAUUAUGACGAGUGAUUACGUUUCUGUGGUGUGAAUGUUGGAGAGUGAAUUUGAAAUUAGAACUCAAGUGACUUUUUUUUAAACAUGACAACAAAGGAGACUAAGGAAUGGUUCGUGGAAAUGCCGUGGGGAAAUGUGGCCAUGAUAUCCUGGGGCGACAGCACCAAGCCUCCAAUACUGAUGGUCCACGGGUAUCUAGACACUGCAGCCACCUUCAUACCCCUGGUGGAGUUACUACCUGACAAUUACUACUACGUUAGUUUCGAUUUCCCUGGUCACGGCAAAUCUGAUCACGUAUCAGUAGCACCACUGGCAACACAGACCUUGUUCACCGAGGUCCUGAGGCGUGUAGUGGAGCAUAUGAGAUGGAAGAACUUCAUCUACAUGGCGCAUUCUAUGGGGUUUAUUAACGGUAUUUAUUAUCAUCAUAUUUUUCCUAAAAAAAUCAAACGGAUGAUCAUCAUCGACCCGGUUGUCCCGGUGGGGAACCAGUUCUACGUCAAUUACGCUGUAGGUGCUUGGUUCAAGACUAACUACGAGGAGCACUACGACAGUUACCACAAACAGAUAAAUGACCCCAAGCUGUACACGUAUGAGCAGGCUGUGACCGCCAUGAUGAACGCCAGGAACCUCACCAGGGCGCAGACGAAGCUGUUACUCAACAGAUGUUUAGUGCCAGUCGAGUUUGGAGUCCACAGAAUGACAUUCCAACCAGCCAUGCGUCGCGUGUUCGGUACUUGGCUUCCAGAAUACACAUUAAACCACGUGAUCACGUCGAAACCGCCUCCCACCCUCGUCAUAAACGCCACAGAGAACAAACUAACACCGGCUAUGGUGUUACUAGCAAAAAAAUUAAUGAAAACAUAUGCGGAAUCCACGACUAUACAUCACAACGUGCUCGUGGAAGGGAAACACGAUGUGCACAUCACAAAUCCGGAACAACUAGUGCCUCAUAUAAUCGACUUUUUAAAUGAUACGGUUAAAUCGAAAUUGUGAUGUGUUCGAUAUUUAAUUUUACGCGGGAAUAUGUAAUUAUUAUGAGAUUGUUUUUUUAAUUUGCCAUACAAGGAGGCAAAGGUUUGUGAACCAUAUUAAAUGAUACGGAUAAAUCAAAAUUGUGAUGUGUUCGAUAUUUAAUUAUGCGCGGGAAAAUGUAUUUUUUUAUGAUAUUGUUUUUUAAUUUGUGAUACAUAUAGGCUAAGGUUUGUAGACCAUACAGCCAAAUGGUUUUUACUCUUAACAUUUCACAAUAUUUUUUUUAUAUGAAACAUUGUGAACGUGUGAGUAAUAAAAAAAAUA